AACAAUUUUUGACAGGAGAGAGCACUAUAAAGGACCCCGUCAGACCAAGCAGAACAUCAUCCGGUCAACAUGGAGCGCACAGCUGUGGUAUUGUUGUUGAUCGCUGCACACGCUUUAGCAAAACCUAUUUCAACUGAAGAGAAAGACGAGGUGUUGUUAGCUGAGAGAUAUCUUCGAAGGUACUAUGGCAUGCCGGCUGGUCUCCAGGGAGAAAGAAAAACAUCUGAUGUCAUGUACGAGAAAAUUCGAGACAUGCAAAAGUUUUUUAGGUUGGAAGUGACGGGAAAGCUGGACGACGAUACUUUGGAGAUAAUGGAAAUGGCUCGCUGCGGAGUUCCAGAUGUGGCCGGAUAUAAUCACUUUCCACAAGACCUCAAAUGGAAAACCACAGAUGUGACCUUCAGGAUUCUGAACUACACUCCUGACCUGAAGAAGAAGGAUGUGGACAGAGCCCUUCGAAACGCUUUUAACGUUUGGAGCAGGGUGACUCCACUGAAGUUUAAGAAACUGUAUGAGGGAAAUGCUGACAUCAUGAUCAGCUUUGGAGCAAAAGAACAUGGAGACUUCAACCCGUUUGAUGGACCAGACGGGCUUCUUGCUCAUGCUUACCCCCCUGGAAAUGGCAUUGGUGGUGAUACACACUUUGAUGAGGAUGAAACAUGGACCAAAGACUUUCACGCAUUCAAUCUCUUCUUGGUUGCGGCCCAUGAGUUUGGUCAUGCUCUCGGUAUGGCCCAUUCCUCUGACCCUGGGUCACUGAUGUACCCGGUGUACACCUACGGCAAGGGUUACCCUCUCUCUGAGGAUGACAUUAAGGGGAUCCAAUCUCUCUAUGGCGAAAACCCAAACCACAGAAGAGUCAACCCCAAACCUGACGCUCCAAGCAAGUGUGACCCUGAACUGAGUUUUGAUGCCGUCACUGAACUUCGUGGAGAGACAAUAAUUUUCAAAGACAGGUUUUACUGGCGGCUACAUGCACAAAUGCCUGAGCCUGAACUAAACCUCAUUAAAAAUACCUGGCCUGAUAUACCAAACAAAGUAGAUGCUGCCUAUGAGAACCCAGAGAAAGAUAUCGUCAUCAUAUUCAGUGGUAUCAAAAUGUGGGCUCUCAAUGGCUACAAUCUAGUUGAUGGCUAUCCAAAAUACAUCCACAAACUGGGUCUCCCGAAAACUGUCCGCAAAAUAGAUGCAGCUGUUAACAUCCGAGAUACGGGCAAGACUCUACUUUUCGUAGAUGAAGAAUACUGGAGUUAUGAUGAGCAGACAGGCACCAUGGAUAGUGAAUCCCCACGAUCCAUUGAGGAAGACUUUCCCGGAAUUGGAGAUGAAGUGGAUGCUGCUGCUUAUCAUUAUGGAUAUUUGUACUUCUACCAUGACCAUUUGCAGUUUGAAUACAGUUUCGCCUCACGGAAAGUCAUGCGCAUCAUGAGGUCCAACUCUAUUCUCAGUUGUUGAGCACUUACAAUGUGGAUGUGCCAUAAAUUGUCAACUGCUGUGAAAAUUAGCAUUCCUUUUUAUGUGUUUUCAACUACUGAGCUGGUAAAUCAGUAGAAAGUCUCCAUUAUUUUCUAAUUUAUUUAUAAACCAUGAUUCUGAAAUCAUGUCUGGGAUAUUUUGGUAAAAUUAACUUCUGUGUAAUUAUUUUUAUGCAUCCAAUGUAGAGCAAAGAAACUGAAAUAAACAUUGACUGAGCUGAAAACUGUAAAUGUGUUAUGUCUCUACAAUACCACUGUCAAAAAAAUAAACAGAUACAUAUGAAAAUGUUCAUGGUGAGUUAUUAGUAUGAAUUUGUUACUUAAGUGUUAAUGUUAUUUCUUUUUGGGCUAUGUCUACAGAGAAUGCAUAAGUAAAUGAAUACAGUGAAUAAACAAUAAAUACUGGACAUUUAAAUGAAUAUUAAAGUGAAGGAAGUAGAAAGUGAAUUGAAGUGAUCUGACUUUAAAAUCAGCAAAAAACAAAAAAACAAAACAAAAAAAAACAUGCAAAUUAUACAUAAUAAAAAAGAAGAAGAAAAAAAAGAUAUGCUUGUAAUCACAAAUUACAUGCUAUCCAAAGAGGAUUGUUUGUCUCUGUCAUGACUAAUAAACAUAUAUGAAAACCUUGA